UGAGUAACCAAUUCAUAGUAAUUAUUUCGAAGUAAUACUGCAAUUUUAACUUAUUUUAUGAAAGUAUCCUGCAUCUGUGAGUGUUGAAAAGAAGUGAAUGUUCUGAGAGACACAAUUAACGCCAUGGACACGGACACUGACAUGACGGACUCCAGUCCCGACGAAGAAAUCCAAAGGCUGGAACAAGAAUUAAAACAUAAAAAGGAACAAAGAAAACGGAAAAAAAUUGAAGCAAGGAACAGUGGUCGCUUACAGGCUCGUCAACCUGGAGACAUUCCCUGUUCUUCAAAAACGUUUCAGACUUUCAAAAAACGAAAAGGCGCCACCGAUAAAGGAAAAAAAUACGAAGAUUUGAUCACCGCUAAUGUCGUACUACAAUUGGUAAGCGAUAGUAAAAUAAAAGACUUCCGAAUUUCAUCGAACGACGAAAAUUUUGGUGAUUUUGAUGACGUAGUUAUUGAAAUUGAGACAGAUAGCGGAACAAAAAUCAAAGCACUGCAAUUAAAACACAGUAAUGAUAAAAGACAAUUAAAUACAAAUCAGCUGGCAGGCAAACAGGGAGACUUUAGCUUAAUCAAAUAUUUCAAAUCUGCUCAAAAGCUGCAGGGCCAAGUGCAAGAAUAUAUAUUAUUCACCCCAAAAACUCUUACAACUUCAGAAGAAACAAAAUUUAAACUCGCGGGAGAAGAAUUUUACCUGAAAGCUAUUAAAAAAACAGUGUCAGUAGACAAUUUCGACAUUUCAAGAAUUUCUGAAAAUAUAAAUUAUUAUCAUACAUUUCAAAUCGUAGAGGACGAAUGGACUACAAAAAAUCCUGAAAAGAUUCAGCAGUACCGAACAUUCUUCGAAAGCUUUCGUCUUUACACAAACCAAGAACGUUUUGAAGCCCUUACAAAAUCAACAAUGAAUAGAUUUACUGACAUGUUUGGUUCUAGCGAAAAAACCUUCAAAGAAUACGUCGACGUCAUUUCGGAAUGGAGUUUGAAAGACGGGAAAAAAGAAAAACUAAGCAAAAGAAUGAUGCAACGUGCAAUGGUACUUCGUUUGCUUUCUUCUCAGAUUGAACCAUUUGUUUUUGGUUCAGUCACAAACAAAAUGGAAAUACUUCGAGAGGCUAUUUUUUCGUUCGACAUUACGUUAUUGGAAAAGGAAGGCAGCAAUGCAGUUAAAAAGUUGUGGGGCGACUUGGACAAAAACGUUAACCUCGAGGAACUAAACAAAGUGCGAUCACUUUAUUCUCUUUCUUUAAAUUAUAUAAGUAGUGUCAAAAAUCUGGAUGCAAAUUUGUUGACACAAUUGCUAUGGCUGAUGGAGAAAUGUCCACUGAUUGUAAAAGAACACGACAAUAUAGAAAAGGCUAUUAAGCUUUGUCCUGAUGCAAAAUUUAUUAUACUUGGUAAAGGGAAAUAUGGAAAAUGGAUGAAGGAAAUUCCCGUGUUUUUAAACCUAUCUGACUUGAGAUCAAAAGGCGAGUUGUAUGACGAAGUGUUGCAAAAUUUCACCAUCUCUUUACAAGGAAAAGAACCACUUAAUUUAGCGACUGCUUUCCAAAAAAAUGACGAAAUUUCCAAACAUGUAACUGUGAUCAAACUUUUGGAAAUGUCAGAGGGUUCAUGCUAUGUAGGUGGACAGAAAGAAACGUUUCCCAAUCUUUACGUCGACAGAUAUUUGUCUGUCAAUAUUAUAGAUAUUAAAUAUUUACAACGUGCAAAUCAAAAUACUGUUAUAAUUCUGAAUUGCGAAGAAAAUUCUGAGCAACUAAAAAUAACUCAAGAGCAUACACUAAUAGAUAUAAACGAUUUUUUCACUUCUAGAGAUUCCAAAAUUUUUGAUACUGCACUUUUUAUACAAACUAAAACCGAAUGUAGCGAUUCUGAUUUUCAGAAAAUUUAUUCUAAAACACCUACAUCUAAAUCUAUACAUUAUUUUAAAUAUCUUAAAAAUCAAAAUUUAGAAUGGGUUCGAAGUAGAGGGGAUGUUAGUGAACUGCGAAAUUAUAAGUUGCACAAUCAUUCGAAAACUCAAAACCAAAUUUGGUCUUUGAAGUUGAGUAAGCAUUAUUUACAUAAUCAAAUAACAGGUGAUGCCAGUGAAUUGAGAAACAAUCAUUUAAAGAGUUUUUCCAAAAAUGAGAAAGAAUUUUUGUCUUUCGGGUUCAGUAAUAACAUAAGUCUAAUAACAGGGGAUCCGGGAAUGGGCAAAACUGAAUUAACAAAAAGUUUAAAAAACAAUUGUCGUUCUAAAUAUUGGACGGUGAUUAUGAAUCCUCAAGAUAUUAAUCUACUUUUUAAAACUUUACAAAAUCGUGAGUCGUCGAAUUACUUAAAUCGGUUCGAAUCAUUUAUUUUCAACCAAAAAUAUCCACAUUUUGAACGGUUAGAUCAAGAGUUUCUCAAAAUGUGUUUGAAGCAAAAGAAUGUAAUUUACGUAUGGGACGCUCUCGACGAAAUUUUGAGUAAAAAUUUGGACGCUACUUCAUCGUUAAUUCUUCUAUUAUCUAAGGAAGGUUUUACUCAAUGUGUUACCGCAAGACAACACUUGAAAUCAUUUCUUGAAAACAAAUUUAAUGUGCUGUCAGUGAGUAUUAAUCAGUUCAACCAGAGAGAGCAAGAAGAUUACAUUAGAAGACGACUUGCCGAUUUUUCUAUGUCUGUCGAUAUGAAAGAAACGAUCGAGAAAAUUAAAUCCACGUUUGCGUUCACAAAACACAUAGAUAUUUUGGGAAUUCCACUUCAGAUCUUUAUGCUUACAGAAGUAUUCCUCCAUAGUAAAGAAAAAUAUGAAGAAUUAUUCAACAACAAGUUUCUUUUGACUGAAUUAUAUGGUUUUUUUGUUGACGGAAAAUUUAAGUUCUUCUUCGAAAGCAAAGUGCCUGCAAAUAAUGAUUAUUGGGAAGAAGAAUACAAGAAGAAAAAGGAAGAAAAACUAAAACACUAUGAAAAGUUGGCGCUUGGAGUAAUAUUUUCUGAAGAAAUUUUGAAGGAAUUAAAGAUCGACUGUUCAGUAGAUGAAAAUUUAGUAUCUGAAGAUUUCGGUACCGUUGGUAUCAUAACGGGAUUACAAAAUGGCAUUCCGCAGUUCGCACAUGCUUCCUUUGCCGAAUACUUUGUUGCCUUAUAUAUUUCUAAACAUUUUGAAAUGAUACCCGCAGAUGCAUUUUUUGAUCAGAGGUAUAACAACGUACGAUUUUUCUUUGACAUGAUAACUGGUAAAAUUUCAUCUGCGCACAUCGCGGUCUUGUACAGAAAUUUUAAUGAAUUGAUGAGUUAUGAUGACGAAACAACAAAAUGUAAAGAUCAAGGUGGAAGAAGUGCUUUACACCUCAUUUGUUCUUGGGGACGAAGAUAUCCACGUUUAAACGUGGAAGAACAUGAUGACGUUUAUAUAAUCGAUGACUACUUUUAUAGUGUCCCAGAAGAAACAAAAGAAUAUUAUAACGCAUUGUUAUUUUUGUUAGACAAAUGUGAAAUUUCAAAAGAAGAUGAACUUAAAUACACGCCCCUAGCAUAUGCACGGAAAAGUCAAAGUUUGAGAGCGGAACUGGAAUUAUUACAGUCAAGACAAUCACAAUUUCAACAUUCCUAUAGUGAAACAGAUGUAAUUAAUAUUUUAUUUCGUUCUGCUCAACUUGGAUACGACGACGCGAUAGAAAAGGUUAUGCCGACAGAUGCUGGCUUUUGUAAAAAAGUAGCAAAUUCUCGUGAUGUAAAUUUUAAAACCCCCCUGUUUAUAGCGUCCGGAGCGAGACACGUAAAAGUUGGAAGUAGCGGUGGCCAUGGUCAAACAUCGCUUAAUGGAAAUGUCAGUUACGACCGGCAAAAAGUUAUCGAACGUUUAGUCAAAUAUGGGGCCAGAAUCAAUAAAGCUAAUCAGCAACGUGAGACACCGCUCUAUGCAGCUUCCUCUCAAGGUAACGAAAAAAUUGUCGAAUGCCUGGUGAAACACGAAGCCGAAAUCGAUCGCGCUAAUGAAAAUGGUGAGACACCACUUUACGUAGCUUCCUUUCAAGGUCAGGAUAAAACUGUCGAAUGCCUGGUGAAAAACCAAGCCGAAAUCGAUCGCGCUAAUAAGAAUGGUGAGACACCACUUUACGCAGCUUCCUCUCAAGGUCACGAUAAAACAGUCGAAUGCCUGGUGACAAACGGAGCCGAAAUCAAUCGCGCUAAUAAAAAUGGUCAGACACCACUUUAUGCAGCUUGCUCUGAAGGUCACGAAAAAACUGUCGAAUGCCUGAUGAAAUACGGAGCAAAAAUUAAUCCAACUAAUAAAUAUGAGAACACAUUGCUGUACGCAGCUUGCUCGAAAGGUCACGAAAAAAUUGUCGAAUGCCUGGUGAAACACGGAGCCGAAAUCAAUCGCGCUAAUGAAAAUGAUUGGACACCGCUUCACGUAGCUUCCUCUCAAGGUCACGAAAAUAUUGUCGAAUGCCUGGUGAAAUGUGAAGCCGAAAUCAAUCGUGCUGAUAAAUAUGGUUACACACCGCUUUACGCCGCUUCCUCGGAAGGUCACGAAAAAGUUGUCGAAUGCCUGCUGAAAUGCGGAGCCGAAAUCAAUCGCGCUAAUAAAGAUGGUUGGACACCCCUUCACGUAGCUUCCUUUCAAGGUCACGAAAAAAUUGUCAAAUGCCUGGUGAAAUGUGAAGCCGAAAUCAAUCGCGCUAAUAAAGAUGGUUGGACACCGCUUCACGCGGCUUCCUCUCAAGGUCACGAAAAAAUUGUCGAAUGCCUUGUGAAAUGCGGAGCCGAAAUCAAUCAUAUUUGUGAAAGGGGUUGUACACCACUUGACGUAGCUGUCUUGGAAGGCCGCAUGCAAAUUGUCGAAUACUUGAUGAAACACGGAGCUAAAACCAAUGGCGCCGAUGGAGAAGGUCGGACACCACUUCAAGCAGCCUCCGGAGACGGUAACGAAAAAAAUGGUAGAUUAUCCACUGGAAUGCGGUGCUGAAAUCAAUGGCGCUAAUGUAGGAGAGAAAAUCAUUAUCACGAUGAAAUCAUUUUUUUUUUCUUUUAAACAAUGACAAAUGGGCGUUACCUUUUUUUUCAUUUCUAACUUUACUAAAAUGUCAGGAUUGAACAUAAUUAAAUCAUAAACUCACUUUUAAGUCGUCAGAGAUGAUAUCUGGAUAAUCACAAUUAUUUCCUUGUCAGUUAGGCCGGUGUCGAGGUGAAUCGGUUUUAUCAACAAUUACUCAACCUGCAAAAAUGCAAAGGGGGGGUGUGAGCCAUCGAUCUCCAAGAUUGCCAGAUGCAAUCUGCUACUUCAGUGAUAUUUAUUACCAGCGAGUCCGUGUCUUUUAUUUAAUUGAUAAUCAACAAGUUCAGUACCAUUUUAUUAUGAUCUGCAUAAGACUGAUUUACUUCACAAAUUAUUCAACAAUGAGCUCUGUCCAAGAGGUUGGAGUCAAAACGGUCUCUAUCGUCUGAUACGGAGUGUGCAAUGAGUACUAAGGGAAUAGCGCGCGAAGUACUCACCCUCGCUAUCGACAAUGGCGACUAGUACUGAGUCGUGCAAUGGGGCGAAGGGAAAACGGCGCACGACGCCCCCGCUCCAGUUACUAUCCCAGGUCUAGUAUCAAAGAGUGCAGGGACACCAAGGGAAAGGCGCGCGAGGUGCCCACUUUGAUAACCAGUCCUUUGACCACGGACAUCAAGGGAAGGCACGCGAGAUGUCCGACUGACAACUCUGUCCGCCACAAACAGACACUUCCCCCGCCACAAACGGGAGGCUACCCGCAGGAACGGAUAGUUCACACAAAAACGGGUAGUACCGGACUGUGCAAUGGCAAGGGGGAAAAGGACGCGCCCUCACCGGCCCCAGAUACUACCCCGAGUUGCCAGUUAGGUAACACAGGAAGGUGGACAGCUAAUUAAAUUAGCUCGACAUGUCAAGGCUCAUUUCAUCCAUUAUUAUAUUCUCAAUUUCUCUCAAUUUCUGUUAACAUUAUUUGACAACUGACUCGGUACCACUUAUCAAUAAUCAGGUCAAAUACAGCAGUAAUGAUAAGGAACGGACUCACCGAAUUAUUGCAGAUUAUCCAAUUAGACUUAAUGAUGAUUAGCAGUACGGAUUACACCUUUGUGAAAUCGCGCUCACAUCACCACACCCUCAAGAACCGAUAACUCAGUGAUAACACUCACCUCAACACUUUUCUUUAUUAUAAUAAUAUAACAAGAAUAAUAGUCACUUAUUCGCUGAAUGUAGUCUACACCCGAUCGCGUCCGGCUUAAAACUGAAAACUAUUCCUUCGGACCUUUUUGGUAAACAUCCCGAUAAAACACAGGGCCACCCAUCUGGGCCAAGUCACUCAUCAGGGUUCGCUAAUGCACCAGUCAAGUGGUUAUCGCCCUAAAUAGCAGAUUCGAUAUGCAAGUGUAACGUCGUACCCUUGGCGGUCAGAUUAUUAGUGUGAACGGACAUAAGCCCCUUUUUUUUUGUGACUGGGAUAUUUUUAUCAGCGGUCGUAAACGCCAUAAAAUUCUUUAACUACAAAAUGUCUUCGUCAAUUCUCAAAAUUAAUUAGAAAAGAAAUAUCAGUCCCAAAACUUUCCUACACUAAUAAAAAUGGUUUUACACCGCUUUACGCAGCCUCCUGCAACGGUCAUGAGAAAAUUGUCGUACCCCUAGUGAAAUAUAGAGCCGCAAUCAACCGCACUGAUAAAUUAUUAUCAAUUAUAAUAUAACAAGUGAUAUGAUUAUUAUCGAUAAUAUUUCGAGUGAAACCGAGCUGCAGAUUCAACGAGUGCGAAGCACGAGUUGAAUGUGCUGCUUCGGUUUCACGAGCCAUAUCUUCGAUUAUUAUUAAUCAUAUCACGAGUUAUAUUCAACAUGAGAAUAUAAUAAAUGAACACAUUUUUUGAUAAUAGAAUUGAUUUCGUCGUUUUGAGCUUGCCCCCAACGUUGGCAAGCCAUAAAAGACAAAAAAAAUUAUGAAAUUCUAAAAUUUGUCAAUUUGACAGUUAUUAAAUUUAGGUAGCAACAGACCACAAUAAGGCAAUAAAAUUAUUAUCGCUGUGAUAGACAUGUAACUAAGGGCAUGAACAAAUUCUAUUGGAAGAAAUGAGGUCAUGUGAUACAUGAAUUAUAUUCUCACUAAAGUAAAGUGGUGUCCGACCAUUAAGGUCGAACACCACUUUACAUAUCAUCGAAGCAUAAACGCAUGAGAAUAGUGGAAUUUCUACAAGAAAAACGGUGCAACGAAGUAAUUAGAAUUUCAAUUAUUUAAAAUGCAGCGGACACUGUUUUAAUAAAAAUCAAUAAGUUUCACACACAAAAUAACCCGAUUGUAGAUUUUUGUGACUCGCAUUACUAAAAACUUUCAAUAAAAUUUCAAUAACGUGCCAAUAUGGUAUCAGAGUUACAUAAGUGAACAACGGUUGUAGAGUCUAGUACGAUUGCAAUCAGAUUAGGUAAAAAAAAAGAGUGUGUCGACCCAGGGACGCACGGAUGGAGUUUUAAUUCUGCGUUGUCAAUUUUUAUAAAUUAAACACGUAUACGCGGCGAAGUCAUUAAUUUUCUCUUAAGAAAAAAUAUGCAUAUUUUGACAAAAUGAUGAUGAUUGGAUUAAUUAAAGUAAAUAGCUAUCCAUAUAUUGUCAAUUGCUGUUUAUUAUAAAAUAUACUGCUACGGCUAGGGACACGGAAUGUCAAACGACAACCAACUUUCUGACAUUUAAAAACAUUGUACCUAGUCUUAUACCUUAUUGUCAUUAUGAUUGACAGGUCGUUUGAAAUUCCGUGUCCCAAACUGUACAUUUUUUAUUUAUUUAUCAUAUAGAAAUAUCAUACUUAAUUAUUAUAAUCCAAUCCAAGAACCAUAUAAUUUUGGUCUUUAACUUUUUUUGUAAUACUUAAUACAUGAGAUAUCGAAGGCAACGCACUCCCAUUCUAAUCCCCUAAUUCCACUUUGCCAAAGUUCAUCCAACAAUUUAUCGUUGUUAACAAGGUCAAAUGCUCUACUCAACUUUAUAAAAAGACCGACGCAGUUUUUUUAGGAAUUGAAUGAUUGCCGUUGACGGUGAUUUUCCUUAUGGAAAACCGAAUUGAUUUCGUUCAGUUUUCUCUAGAAAUGUAUUCAAUCUUUUUGCAAUAAUUUUUCUAUAAUUUUCGAAAAGCAACUUAAGUUUGAUAUAGGUCUAUAAUUAGUAGAGUUGUGCCGACUGUAGGUCUGGCCGACUAACCGACUAGCCGAUUGUUCGGCCAGUAAAAACCUACUAGUCGGCCGACUGUUCGGCUUUGCUAAAACCGGUUUAUAAAUGCAACAGACAGUGUGUUUUUUUUCUAUUUCUCUGACUACCUUAAAAAUUUGUUUUAUUUUAAUAAAAGGAUUAACCAAAGUUCCUUUAUUUUCCAAAAAAAUGUGUUAAAUUUGUUUGGAUAAUUUUAACAUUUAAUUGUUUUUAAUAACUCAGUACAAAAAUAAAGAAUAACACAAUUUAGGGCCAGUUUGUACAAUAUUUUAACUAAGAUUAAGUUGAUCGCGCAUUUAACAAGGCCAUUAGCGACGUCUGAUUGGCGUAGUGUCCAUCACAUGGUACUUUAACGCGGGGUUAAACAUGAAAUCGCAAUUAAAUAUUUAAUUGAGGUUCUGUAAACCGAGUUUAAUUGUUUUAUAUAGUAUUUUAAUUUUAAUAAAAAAAAGCCGACCGAUCGGCUGUUUAGCCGACCAGUCGCCGACUGCCAGCCGCCGAUGAAAAACGGCCGAAUAGUCGGCUUAUCCGACUGGUCGGCCACUAGUCGGUACAUCCCUAAUAAUUAGUUAUUUUAGUUGGAUCAUCUUUAUUCAAAAUUGAAAAGGAAAUUGUACUUUUUAGAGAAUUUAGAUAUUUUCCAGUCUUACAAAUAUUAUUUAUUACGAUCUUUUAUAUGUCUUUUAUCUGAACAGCACAAUGUUUUUAAAAUAUAGAGUUUAUUUGUCAGCCACCGCAGUGCUAGUUUUUAUUUCAUGUAUCAUAAGUAUUAUGUCAUAUCAUAAACUUCAGUUUCUGUAACUGGUUUUAGAAAGAAACAGAGAUUGUUCCUGAUAGGCACAUUUAGAGCUGUCAUGUAUUACUAGACCAUUUAUGUUAAGUUGCAUUUGCGUUUUCUCUAGUUUUUUACCUGCUGUUCUAUUUUUAUUAGAAGAAGAUUCCAUUCAAUAAUUCUUAUAUAGUUCUUUUUUGCUGCUCGAAUUAAUUUUUUUUUUGUGUUUUUAUAACAUUUAUGCAGAAUUCUGGACUUGUACGUACCUUGUUGUACCCAUCUUUGGCAAUUAUUUAUUAUUCAUGUUCAUUCGAUUUGAACAGAGAUUGUUAUUUUUUUGUUGAAAUUAAAAAAAUAUUUGCCACUAUCGACUUGAUUCUCUUAACUCCACAUAAUUUUUACAGUACCUAGUUUUGGAUGAAUGAACAGGUUACUGAAGCAGUAUUUUGAUUUCAAAGAAUUGUAGUCAAUCGGAAAUAGUCGACCUCGUUGUAAAAAUAUUCAACGUUAACAAAAAAAAAAAAGUCUUUUACACGUUCUCGUAAAAUAACUUUCGAAGUAAUGUUCUCCAUAUUUUCUUUUUCCAAGUAAAAUGAAAAGGAAACGAUCCGAGCGAAGUCACUUUGAACAAAAUCGUUUUCGGUGACACCACUGUUAAUUUUAGGUUAGAUUAGGUUUAGGUGAUAAUAUUUAUUCGAAUGUACAUAUGUACCUAUAUAGUUCCAUACGAUUAAAAAAUUUCUAAUCGGGGGAGACUGUGACAGAUAUAGAGUUAAUACGUACUAGAAAGAUGUAGAACUUGUAUUAAUCACGGCUACUCAUUGCGAGAAAUUUUUAAAUAGUGCUAUUUGUACAUGCUGUGUAUAAAAAUUUGUUUUAUGGCUAGGUAUUUAUAGAUUUUAAAAUGAAUUUUCAUGACACUUUUCAAAUUAAGCACCAUCAACAAGAAACAAUGUCUGUUUUGUUUUCAAGUGACGAUUAUUUUCGUGAUAGUACGUCUUAAUUUGCACCAUACACUUUGACGAAUUGUAAUUUGUCUCACUUAAAUUGUGACAAAUGUGAAUUUGUGCACGUAAUGUGUUUUCCUGAAACGUGAACUAUUUUAACAAACUUUUAAUGUUUGUUAACGAGAGACAGGGAAAAUUUACGGAAGGGAGAUGCUUGAGUAUGUUACAAACACAAAUGUAACUAUGAGUAAUUUAUUUACAGUGAAAGUACUACCUACCGUAAUCAGUACCUUGAAGACAAUCUCACCAUACAUAAAGUGUCAGUCUGAAAAACUGAUUGUUGAAGUUACGUCCAAGUUAAGUGCUAGUAACAUCGGUCAUAAAUUUGUCAUUAUUUCUUGUUAUGUUGUGUCUCAUGGCAUGGCUAAUCCCUUGUAUAAUAUAAACUUAUUUUCUAUCAUAAAUAUUUAAAUAUAUUGUAAUAAUUAACAAAUUUGUUGUUGGUAUUAUAAAAAUUACUAUAAUUCGUAAUAGAUUAGUAAGUAAUUUAUAUGUACCUAUGUUUCGAUAUAUUAUUGAUUUAAUAGCAUGAAGUGUAAAUACUGUAUUUUGUCGUUGCUGCAGUCAAAUGAAUGUUUAUGUCAAAAUGAGUGGAACAAUUGUUUCUUUUAAUUUAUGUUUUAAUAUAUUUAACUGAAUUUUGA